AUGGCGGAAACCCUUCAGGCCAUCUACGUCCGCGACUACGAAACCCGCUCCCAGCCCAAACCACACACUGUCUUUAAGGUCGAGGUCCACGCCGCCGUCCGCACAUGGUCCGUCUGGAAGCGCUACUCCGAGUUCGAGACCCUGAACGAGCGUUACCUCGAACUCUUCCCCGACCACCCUCCGCCUCAACCCCUCCCUACAAAGCAUUGGUGGCAAUCGACCUUGGACAACCCGGAACUGUUGGAGGAGCGUCGGGCAGGGUUGGAGACGUAUCUCAGAGGAAUCCUGUCGCAUAGGGAUGAUCGUUGGAGACUCACGCACGAGUGGAACGAGUUCUUGGCUAUCCCUGUUGGAAGAUCCCAGGCCGACCUCUUUGCUGGCGGGCCAGGCGCGCAUGGACCUGCUAGCUCUGUUGGUGCCCAUAACAAUGAUGGUAGUGGCAGUGGACAAGAUUCCUCCGCACCGUCGAUUCUCUCACACCUCAACAUUUUUGGGUUUGGUCAUUCGCCUUCGACCCACUCGACAGAGACCACCGUGACCUCGUCCUCGACCUCCGUCAUCAACUCCGCGCCUGUCCCUCAAUUCUACACGACCGAGAGCUGGCUUGAAGAGUUUAGGAACCUGCAAGGUAUCUCGCGCGAGGUGCGAUCACUCAUCAACCGUCGGGAGACUCACCUGGGUCGCAGUGAGAUCUCGGCCUCGCACAACUGUACCAUCCAGAGCAAGAAGCUUCUGACCUCGCUCGGACUGCGUAUCCCGGCUUUGGAGAACGGAUUGAUGUCGUUAGCGACGGGUGGAAGUGGAGGUGGAGGUAAAGGCAGCAUCAUGUCGGACGGAGAGUUGAGAAGACGACAGGAUCUGUUGAGCGAGUUGAAGGAUGAGCGUGAGGUGUUGACCAAGCUUGUUAUUGCCAACCGACAGAACGACGGUAUGGUUGGGUACCAGGGAGCAGGCAGCAGUGUACCGGCCAGCUCGAGCGACAGGAACGCGCUUAUGACAGGACGGAGCUCUGGCAGUCAUAUCGGCGGUGGUAGUGGAUCACAUUCUCAGCCUAGCUCCAUUCGAGGUAACCCCGACAAUUUCAGUUUGGCCGAAUCGACUCUCAAUGGCGGUGGCAGCGUUCACUCCUCCAGCGGCGCCUCAAGCCGGGUACCCAACCCACGCCGCGUCUUUGGUCGAGUUGUCCAGACUUUGGUCCAGGAGACAUCACAGACACGGGGACUCGACAACGAAGGGCUGUUGCUGUUGCAGCAGGAACAGAUGAAGCAGCAGGAUGAUCAUAUCGAGCAGUUCAAUGCCAUUUUGCAAAGACAGAAGCAUAUCGGAUUGGCGAUCGGACAGGAACUUGACAACCAGAUCCAGCUGUUGGAUGAGCUUGACAGAGAUGUCGACAGGACGACGUUGAAGCUGGGACUUGUCAACAAGAAGAUUGGAAAGAUCAACUAA